AUGUAUGUAGAUGUAUGGAGAGCUAGAGGGAGACAGAAGAAAACAUGGGUAGAUUGUGUGAGACAGGAGAUGCAAGAGAACGGGAUGGAUGAUGACGUGACGAGUAAUAGGGGAGAGUGGAAGGGGAACACUCCAAAGCAUUUGGUUGUUGGUAAUAUUGCUAAUAGAGUGAUACUCGCACAUCAAGAACAUGUCCAAUAUAACGCGAUACCGUUUAUGAAAAGAGUAAAAUAUUAUUUUUACUCAUCGCCAGAUAAUAAAGUUAUACAGGGUAUCCAAGCGCUAGAUACGAUGCACAGUAAAGCGUCAGUGAACAUCACGGCUGGAGGUGUCGGCAAAACUUUUGUUAAUUUCAGAUUCAAGAGCGAACGCGGCACAGGGCUAGAUUACGACGUCGGAAUUUAUGUUUAUCCCGAUUUCUUA